GAUUUAUAUAUGCUACCAUUACCAACAUCAACCUGUUGGAGUUUACAGGCAAAGAGUCAUCUGAUACCCAGCUGUUUACCACUGAUGACGGCAUCCUGUCAUUGGAUAUGGACUGGAACAGAGACUGGCUGUACUGGGCCAACCAAACUGGCCAUGUCCAACGCACCAGUUUAACGCAGGUCAAGACUGAGGUUGUCCCAACACCUUUACCGGUUUGUCUGAUAAAAGUAGACCAGAUGAGCGGAAGCCUUUAUUGGGUGUCAUGUGACCAAUACACCAUCGGUACCACCGCAGCUGGCAGUCAUUACCCACAGCAGCUUUACCGCACCACAAAGGAGAUUCGAGACUUUUAUCUGGACUGGCUGAGAGGUGGGAUCCUCUGGCUGGAGGAAGACCAAAUCCUCACCAUGAGCAUGACGGGUGGCAAAGCUAAAGGGUUACUGCAGUUAGCAGGAGGAGUCAGUGGGAACAUCGCCUUUGACCUCAGGGCCAAUAGUCUGCUCUGGAACUCAAAAAGGGCAGGUUGGUUACUUAUAUCAAUCAUUGUGAUCUUGUUCUUUCUCAUCCUCAAACUUCUCACCAGCUGCGACUCGUGGGCUUGAAGUAUUAAUUGUUGCAGCAUUUUCAAUGAAUUAUCUAAUUUCAAGGUGUAUAAACAGCCUGAAAAGUAGACGUAGUCUUUAGAAGAGCUCUGAACCAAGAUAUUGUUUCAGUACUUUCCAUUUUUUAAGACCAGUUAAGUUUUGGUCCUUGCACCUUUUACAGGCCUG